AUGAAUGACCUAAAGAUCCGCGUCCAUCAAUGGACGGCGGAAGAGAGGAAAGCAAAUGAAGGGUUCUACGCCGCUCUAAGGGAAAUCUGGAAUACGAUGAUCCCUUGGUAUCAGCUGGAAGAACCCUAUUCUGAGAAGGGUGCGCAACGCUUCCGUGACCAGAUGAAAUACGGUGGUGGUGGCUGGCCAGCUCGGAAGCGUCUUGAUGACAUUGCAGUGAACAUUCCUUUCCCAUCUUCUACCGGGGCACAAGGCGUCUACUUGCGCGUCUUCAAGCCGGCCUCGGCCUCAAAUGGAGGGUCGAAAGGGGUGUAUCUCCAUAUUCACGGAGGAGGUUGGACCGUCGGCUCUGCAGACAUCGAAGACGAGACGUUGUACCGCAUAGCAUGUAACACAGGAUACACCGUUGCCAGUUGUGAAUACCGCCUGGCACCAAAGCAUCCCUAUCCAGCACCGGUGGACGAUUGUUUGGAUGCAACGUUAUAUCUACUUACUCCUGAAGUUGAGGAAAAGCUGGGACCCUUGCGCCUCAUUGGAGGCGAGUCCGCAGGGGCACAUCUCACCAUGACUACUGUGUUCGCGCUGCGCAGCAGGGGGAUUGAUGUUCGGACGCAGCUUGAUGCUGUUGUAUUCAACUACGGAUGCUUUGAUAUGGACCAGACACCUUCUGUCCGCGCCUUCAAGGACAAUCUGGUUUUGAGCCCAGUCGACAUGGUCAACUUUGCCAACUCCUGGCUCAGCAACGUUAGAAAUCGACAGGUCCCAGAGAUAUCUCCACUCUUUCAGGCUGACUGGACGAAUUUGCCCCCGGCGAUAUUCGUUGUAGGCACUGAUGACUGUUUGUACGAUGACAGCCUAUUUGCAAGCAUAAAAUGGCAUAUGGGCUGCAAUGACACGUUGCUCUCCAUCUUCCCGGGUUCGAAACAUGGAUUUUGCAGGCUCAACGGCCCGGAUUGCGACGCCGGAUUGACGGCGAGUGAGGUCUUUAUAGAUGAACACAACCGCCAGUCAAAGUAG